GUCAUGUCCGCCGAUGCACAAGACGACGACGGCGGCGGCGGCGGCGGCUCUUCUCCUUCACCUCCGCCUUCACGCCCGCCUCUCCACACCCCCAACCGCAAACGUCUGUCCACUCCGCUGCUGUCGACGCUGCAGUACUUCACCGAGCCCGUGCGAUACACCACCUCGUCUCUCUUCCGCCGCCUGUCCGAAGACGACGCCCCCACGCCGCUCGCCAAAGCAUUGAGCGCCAACUACAACGGCUCCAUGACGGACCCGACCACCGGCGUGUACCAUCCGCCCCAGCAACCACUCCGCAAGAGAUCGCCCUUCCAACCGCCGCCCCUCACGCCUUUGACCCUCACAGGGUACAGAACGAGCACGAGCCACAAAGCAAAGCUCCUCCGCAAGGCGGUAGCAGAGGAGAUCCGCCUGCUCAUCCCGCCCCGCCUACAACUCCAAGACACAUGGCACCUCAUCUACUCCAUCGACCAAAAUGGCAGCUCCCUCUCCACUCUCUACAGUCUCUGCGACCACUACCGUGGUAAACGCGGAGGUUUCAUCGUCGUGGUCCGCGACUCCUCCGGCGGAGUCUUCGGCGCAUACUUGUCGGACCCACCGCGACCUCAACCCCACUACUUUGGAAAUGGAGAAUGUUUUCUCUGGCGAGCCCUUGUCCUGCCUGGCCUGCCAGAUCUCAUAGAUCUACCUCCUCCGCCCUCUGCGGAUACCACGCAUGCGCAACGGAUGACCACGAUUGGCGCGGCGACGCGGAAUGGGAGCAGCGCUUCUCUUGCGUCGUUGAGCGCGCCUGGCACCACCAAUGGACAUGGCAAACCGACCAACGGGUCAGUGACACCGGAUCGAAUACGUUUCAAGGCGUUUCCAUAUACAGGCGAGAACGAUUUCACGAUUUUCUGUCAACAGGACUAUUUCAGCGUAGGAGGUGGUGAUGGGCAUUAUGGAUUAUGGCUGGAUCAGGGUUUGGGCAAUGGUGUCAGUGCGACCUGUCCGACCUUUGGAAACGAGCCGUUGAGUGAAGAAGGGGGCAAGUUUGAUGUCAUGGGCGUGGAGAUUUGGUAUGUUGGGUCGUGAGAGCAGACUCCAAAGAGAAUCAGAACAGGACUUUUGUGAGGAAGUAAAAGAGUUGCAACGGCCGCGAUAGACGUGACGAAAACAAGGUCGUUUUUCCACCACAAAAAUCUGCAUAGAAAGAGAAGCGUGGGGCAAUGGCGUUUUCGUGAUAGAUGAUGAAAAUGAUACCCAGAAACGAUAAGAUGAAUGC